UCUUAGGUAUAUAUGAUGUUUCACAAAAGCAUUUGUCUUUAAGAUGGUUAUUUAUAUAUUCAGCUUUAGUGUGUCAAAAGGAAAUACAAAUGUUAGACUCUUAAACAUUACUUUUGCAAAUAGAAAAGAUUAGAAUAGAAGAACAGAGAGUCCCCUCUGAAUAUUGUGUCAGUCUGAGAUUACAUAAAUAGACAGAAACAAUUGAGACUAAAUAAAUUGAUAGAAGGUCUAUGGUUAAUUCUCCAACAAGCUUGGGACAUCCUAUCUGCCAACAACCAAGAAAAACUGUGUCCAGGUGUACCUAGGAGAAUUGGUGCCGUUAAAGGCAAAGGUGGUCACACUGAAUAUUGAUUUAGCUUUUUGUCUUUACUGGACUUUAUAUGCCAUGAAGAGAUGACAUUAUGUUUGAAGACAUCCUCACUAUGCAUUUUGCACAUUUUGUACAAAUGCCUAAAACGUUUGCACAGUAUACCUAUAUGUUAUGUUUUUGAUUAAAAUAAGUAUGAACAAGCACAUUUUUUAAGCAUUUAUAAUAUAUUAAGUUAAGAUGCUCACUGUUUAAGAAGUAUUGGAUUAAAAUGUUUCUAUAAUUGCAUAUACAUUAUUUAUUUGUAAAUCACUGAAUAAUCAUUAAUGAACCCCUUUAUAAACCCUACCCAAUGGGAAAUUAAUUUAAAGUCUUACUAUCAUAGGAUAUUCAUGAAUAAAUAUACUGAAUGUGGGAAAGAGAUCAACCAGUCUCUAAUCUAUAAUUAGUGAACUGUUUCCUUAUGCUUCAUAGUGCAGAACAGCCAAACAGUAAACUCUCCUGCCACCGUGACACACACCAAGCCAGUUGCUCACGCAAGAAAGCGGCGCCAGUUUACAUUAAAAAAAAUGAGAAACGAGAAACAAAAUGUUUGGGGAAAGCAAAAAGGCUUGUUAAAAUAUUAUUUGAAAUCAUGCAAUGCACUGGGAUAUUUGAAAUAUGCAUCAGCUUUAGAAGACUUAUUUUAACAUGAGUUAAAUGACUGCGCUCGCGGAUGUUUAGUCUCCGCGCGCGCAAGAGAGGCGCGUCGUCAGCCGAGAGCGCGUGAGUCAGAUCGCGUGCAGAAGAUAAAACCCAAAGUGCUUAACAAUACGGUCGCUUUUGUGGGUGAUUAUCACUGAAAGAGAACUGAACAGCUCUACUGGCGUUAAACACGCACAUUCUCAUAAACUGAACACAAAAGAGGCGCACGAGCCUAGGCUGCUCAUUGUCGUGUGCUUAAAUCUGUUGGUUUUAAUCACAGGGAGAGUCGUGAAGUCUAUGGGGAAAUGGAUAUGUAAAGGACCUGGUCAUCGGACCUUAAUGCAAUAUCUUUACCGCUUAGUUGAUGUAAGUGUUGACGGAGGGGAUCGUUGAGGAUAUGGCUGCUCUGAUGACUUCAGGACUUUGGUUUGUCGCUCUCACACUGUCGGCAGUAUGGUGUGCUGAGGUGGAGGAGCGGUUGAUAAAUUACCUACUCUCCCCUGACCGCUACAACAAGCUGAUCCGGCCAGCAAUCAACAAGAGCCAACAGGUCACCAUUGCAAUCCAAGUGUCCCUUGCCCAGCUCAUCAGUGUGAAUGAGAGAGAGCAGAUUAUGACCACAAACUGUUGGCUCUUGCAGAUUUGGAAUGAUUAUCGGUUGAUUUGGGAUCCAGAAGAGUAUGAAGGAAUCAGGAAAGUCCGCCUUCCUUCCCAGCAUAUAUGGCUGCCUGACAUUGUUCUAUACAACAAUGCUGAUGGGACAUACGAGGUGUCUUUCUAUUGCAAUGCUGUUAUAUCAAAUAACGGUGAGGUUGCCUGGCUACCACCAGCCAUCUAUAAGAGUGCCUGUAAAAUUGAGGUCCGGGACUUUCCCUUUGACCAGCAAAAUUGCACACUAAAGUUCCGCUCUUGGACUUAUGACCACACAGAAAUUGACCUCAUCUUGUUGUCAGACUUUGCCAGCCGAGAUGACUUUAAGCCAAGUGGGGAGUGGGAUAUUGUCUCCUUGCCGGGUCGUAAAAAUGAAGACCCUAAUGACGUCACAUAUUUGGAUAUAACGUACGAUUUUAUCAUCAGGCGCAAACCAUUGUUCUACACCAUAAAUAUAAUCAUCCCUUGUGUUCUCAUUACUUCUCUCGCCAUCUUGGUGUUCUACCUACCGUCAGACUGUGGGGAGAAGAUGACUCUGUGUAUCUCUGUUCUUCUGGCCUUAACUGUGUUCCUGUUAAUGAUUUCCAAGAUCGUACCUCCGACCUCACUUGCCGUGCCCCUCAUCGGGAAGUACUUGAUGUUCACCAUGGUGUUGGUGACCUUCUUAAUUGUCACAAGUGUAUGUGUGCUGAACAUUCACCAUCGAUCCCCAAGCACACACACUAUGCCGAAGUGGGUCAGAAACUACUUCCUUAUCCGUUUGCCUGGCUUUCUGUUCAUGCGGCGACCAGGAGAAGCCAACAAUUGUGAGAAAUUUGGCAGGACGCACCAGCAGCACUCAUCUGAUCUCCCAGCAAAGUGUGAAGCAGAUGAGUCGGAUUCUACCUUCUUUGUCAAUGAAGAUUCAGCCAAGCACAUUGGUUGGAGACCUAGUGAGUUGCAGGAAAGCACAGAGGUUCGUAAGCGGAUGGCGGUGAAGUGCUCUCCAGACAUGGAGGAGGCUGUGCAGGGGGUCAGAUACAUUGCUGACAAGAUGAAGAAAGAGGACGAUGAUGAAGGGAUUAUCGAGGACUGGAAAUAUGUGGCCAUGGUGAUCGACCGUCUGUUUCUGUGGAUCUUUGUUUUAGUGUGUGUUACAGGAACCAUCGGCAUCUUCAUGCAGCCACUCUUCAAGAGCUACAACACACCCACUGCUGAUUUGUAGAGACAUGUAUACAGGCAGACCAGCUUCAACCCAAUAAACACAGAACAAUGCCACAACAUGCUUAUUUUCAGUGCACAUGCACCCCAAUUUAUCAUAAACUGACAACAUGCUUAUCAUGCUCAACAAACCUUGUAGCUAUCGCAGAAGGUGAAACCUAACAAUGGACCUGACACGUGUCUUUAAGCUCUGUACACUGACCAUUCAACACACUCAACACAACAUUCUUCCACGUCGUCGAGUCAUAGCACACCACUGGACACAAACUAAAUAUGAAGCUGAUUCUAACAGUGACCAGUAGCCAUUUAAUGGAAAAUACUUUCCACCUUUCCACACACAAACACACUUGCAUGUACUGUUCUUCAUAGUUUUAUUGAAUUACAAAUUUACAGACAGAACUGAUUUUGACCACUCUCAUGACCAUAUGCUUUUGUUGGAAUAUAUGAUAAGUGCUAAACAUAUCAUUUUCAUAAUGUUAUAAUAUUGUGAUGAUUAGGCGAUAUGUUAU